UAUGUUGGACAUAAGGGAAAAUAUGGUCAUGAAUUUUUGGAAAUUACUUUUCAUCCCGAUGGUUUAUUAGAAUAUAAAAAUAAUACAGAUUAUAAAGGAGAGGGAGAAAUAUUGAAAACUGUAAAUUUAAAUAAUAUUGUGUUGGAGCAAUUAAAGACAAUAAUUUUGGAAUCACGUAUUAUGGAAGAAAGUGAUCGAAAGUGGCCACUACCAGACAAUAUUGGAAAAUCAGAAUUGGAAAUUGUAUUAGAUAAGGAACACAUUUCAUUUGCCACCACUAAAAUUCAAACUCUUUCCGAAGUUACCAAAUCACAUGAUCCAGAAGGAUUGAAGAACUUUUAUUAUUUAACAGCUGAUUUGAAAGAUUUUGCACUCAACCUCAUCAAUAUGCAUCAUAAACUCAAACCAAUUCUGUACUAG